CUAGCUAGUAAUACGAAACGGAGGAUGUAAGUUGUAUCACUCACUCACGCACGCCUCUCUCCCGUCAUUCAGUCCUCUCUCCUCUCCCAAUCUGUCUCUCCUCUCUCGUACCCUCGUCCGGUCCUCCUCAAUCACCGGCGAGGUUUCCGAUAAGCUUGAAAAGAAAAGACCUAGUUUUUGGGUUGCUACAAAGUUUCUAGAAUGGAGGUCAAGGCUGAUGGAAAUUACAAGGGUCUCAUUCUGCUAAAGCAAGGCGCUGAAGCUAGAGUGUUUGAGUCAACCUUUGUUGGAAGGAGGUGUGUUGUAAAGGAACGUUUUUCCAAGAAGUAUAGGCAUCCAACACUGGACGCAAAGCUUACACUUAAGCGCUUGAAUGCAGAAGCUAGAUGCAUGACGAAAGCCAGAAAACUAGGAGUUCCAACUCCAGUUUUACUCUCGGUAGACCCAGUAUUGCAUUCUCUUACAUUCGAGUAUGUGGAGGGCCCUAUGGUUAAGGAGACAUUCCUCGAGUUUGGCUCAAAUGGAAUUGUUGAAGAACGAUUACAGGAUAUUGCAACACAGAUAGGGAAUUCUAUUGCGAAACUUCAUGAUGGUGGUCUGGUACAUGGAGAUUUGACAACCUCGAACAUGUUGAUCCGAAAGGAUACCAAUCAGCUGGUGCUUAUUGACUUUGGUCUGAGUUUUACAUCUGCUUUACCAGAAGACAAAGCAGUGGACUUAUAUGUUCUUGAAAGGGCAUUGGUUUCUAUGCACUCUUCUUGUGGAAACGUGAUGGAAAGAGUGCUUGCUGCAUACAGAAAAUCCUCAAAGCAAUGGUGUUCCACUCUAAACAAGCUAGCUCAAGUGAGACAAAGGGGUAGAAAGCGCAGCAUGGUCGGAUAGGCUGCUGAAGAAUCUUCAAAAAAUCAGAUUGUGUAUUUUAUAAGAUGUAUCAAGUUUUUCUAUAUAAGCUUGUUCAGUAUUUUUUUCACUUGAUUGUUUUGUCAAUGUUGCAAUCUGUUAGGCAGAGUUAUCUAAUGUUUGCAAGAUGUAUUAGGCAUCAUAUUAGUGCAGAAUCACUAAAUAUCUUACUUCAGAAUCCAUUUUAUGCCAAGAAAAACUGAACACGAUGCGAAACAUAUUUUCUUGUCCAGCUCGUGAAGUGUGAUGCGUGCCUCGAUGCAUAAUGUGCACUAUGCGUCUAUGCCGUCGGACACUUGCUGCCAAUCGAACAUGCUAUCGGAGUAUCGGUGCGAAAUUAGACGAGGUGGACAAACAAUAGACUCUUAUACACCCUUCCGUUCCUGACAUAGUUUGUUCAUGAAAAUUGGUUACGAGCUAUAACUCAAAUAUGGUCGAUGAUCCAAACUAAUUCUAAUCAUAAGGUGGGCCAUUAUUCUUUUCUAUGUUGAUGAACAAUAUGAUAUUUACUAUUGUUGGUUUUUAGUUGCAACAUAUUGACUUUUAUUCUUUAUAAUAUAUGAGUUUGACUAUUUAUGUA